AUGAAAAUACUCAAGUCCAUAUCAAUGCGCAACUGGAAAUGCAGCUUUUGGAAAAAGUACAUAUACAGCAGCAGUUGGAUAGUGCAUAUAGGCCAAGUAUUCAACAGUAAAAUGAACAAGUUAGAAAUAAUAGAUUGCAUGUUACAAGUGGCUCAGGAAAAUAUAAGAAAAGAAAUUUUGGAAGCUGAAUUUGUUGCUGAUAUGGCUGACGAAACAACGGAUGUAGCUAAUUGUUAUCAAAUGACUACAGUAUUUAGGUACAUUCUACCAAAUGGAAGGUCAGUUGAAUGUUUUUGGAAUUUUGUUACCCCCUCUGACCACGAUGCAGUUAGUCUCUCAGAGUGUGUGAAAACUAAUUCAAUAAAAGUACUAGAUAAACCAGAGAAACUGAUAGCUCAAAGUUAUGACGGCGCUAGUGUAAUGAGUGGACGUCAUGGAGGUGUUCAAGCUCUUAUUCAACGUGAUUAUAUUUAUGCUUAUUUCAUUCAUGUUAUGCCCACCAGCUAA